UUUGUACUUUGGUUACAUGGCUAAACCUGUAACUCUCGUUCUCGGUAGCAGCGGACAAGUAGGCAAGGCCAUUGUCUGUAGUCUCAGCGAGUCAUACUCGGACAAGGUCGACAUCAAAGCAUGCACUCGUCAUCCCGACAAAGCCAGCGAUCUGGCCAGCCUUACGUCAGUCGAAGUGAUAACAGGCGACAUGGGCGCCUCUGCAUUUGACGAAAUCAUCAAGCCAUUCAAUGCCUUUUCGGCUUUUAUUGUAACUCCUGGCGACUGUGAGAAUCCCGCUCUAAUUGUCGCAGCGGCGGCCAAGGCUUGCAAAUCGGUGGGUGUGAAGAGCGUGUGCGUGAUUUCUGACGGAUCAGCCGCUCUUGCGGGGAAGUCUGUUUUUAGUCGCUUGUAUAAGAACGUGGAGGACGCGGUGAAGGACGCGGGCGUUGCGUACACCAUAUUUCGGUUGCCGUAUUUGUUUGAGAAUCUUUACUAUAGUGCAGCAACGAUCAAAGCUAAUUCUGAAGUGUCUUCACCUGCCAGACCUGAUGCUCCAUUUACUGCCAUUGCCGUCACUGAUAUUGGGAAAGCAGCUGCUGCAGUUUUGGUCAAUCCAUCUGCUCAUGCCAACAAAAUUUACAGUUUGGGCACAAAUGCUCAAACAUUUGAUGACAUCGCUCAUGCAUUUACUCAGUCACUGGGGAGAAAAGUCGAGUAUGUCAAAGUCCCCUAUGAGAAGUUCAAACAAUUAUGUGUAGAAAAAUGGUGGCCUGAAUGGUUGAUUGAUGGCAUUGUUGACUUUUUCAAAGCAGUUGACUGUGGAUCUUCUUACAUAUUAGACACAUCUGCUGUUGCAACAUAUGCCUCUAUUACAGGACUUGAGCCUCUGACUGUCCAACAAUGGGUGGCCCAGCAAGCACAUGAGUUUAAUUAAGAAGACGGAUUGGAGGUGGUGAUUACCAUGUCAGGGUGUUUGUUUGAACUUUGACAUUUUCUGCAUGACUUUUGACAAAUGUUCUUCUACUUUAUGCAUUGCAAUUGGCAACAGCAAAGAAGCUGAUCUUCAUUGUCGCAGUGAAACCUGCUUCUAGUCAGGCUGUUUUGAAUUAACUUUGUAGAUUUAAUUUGCAAUAGCUGAGAUAUUUAGUUGUUAGUACCAUCACAUAGACUGCGUUGGCAAUACACGCCAAUCUGAUCAUGACGUGGAGAGGUCAACAAGCUCUAGGCCACUGUUUUCACGAACCGUUGAGUGAAACUGGGCCAGCAGUUCUCACACCAUUUCCCCCACAGACUAUAGAUGUCCGAGUAGACGCGCAAGAGUGGUGAACAGUUCUACGUCGGUUUCAAUUUGCACAAACCUGCAGAUGAGUUCAGUAGAAAGAAACGUUGCUGGAGAGUGUAGCUUCAGCGGACCAGUCCCAUGUAGGCCAUUCCUACGCUAGUUAUUCACCAGCACUUUGUCCAUCAACAGCUUCACUGGAUUUCGUGUUCACGCGCUCUCCGCGGAGGGCUACCUCGCUGCUUCAUGUAUCAGCGCAAUUACAUUAACGAGCUCUUUAGGAAAUCGAAGUAGCCUUAUGCACGCUAUGAAACCAGAUCCGGGGUCCUACGUCACUAUGACGUUCUCGAAAGCGACCAGGCUCUUCUCGCGCUGAAACAAUUCCGGUAAAAGCUCCUCCUCCUCGUGUGAUUCACGUGCGGUUAGCUCAGCGUCUGCACGUGUGCUUUUUUUGUUGCCCGGGUCUCUUAUUUCUAAGACAUAUCUGUGGUGCUGGUG